AUGGUGGUGAAGAUGAUGCGGUGGAGGCCCUGGCCGCCUCUGGUGUCGAAGAAGUACGAGGUAAGGCUGGUGGUGAAGACCCUCACUCUCCAGGGCUGCGAUCUGGUGCGGUCCGCCGCAGACAAAGGCUUGGUACUCCAGAUUAAGUGGAAGGGUCCUAAACUCACGCUUAGCUCGCUGCGUCGAAACGCCGUUGCUAGGAACUUCACCAGAGAGGCGCAGCCUCAGCCUAAUGACGUCGUUUUCUGGGACGAGGAGUUUCACACGCUCUGCACCCUCUCCGCCUACAAAGACAAUGCCUUUCACCCCUGGGAAAUCGCUUUCUCUCUCUUCAAUGGUUUGAAUCAGAGGUCAAAGACUAAGGUUCCUGUGGUUGGAACUGCGACUUUGAAUCUGGCUGAAUUUGCAUCUGUGGUUGAUCAAAAGGAUUUUGAUUUGAACAUUCCCAUUACAGUUUCUGGUGGUUCUGUGGAGUCUUCUCCUUCACUCAGUAUAUCGAUUAGUUUGGUGGAGUUAAGAGCGGCUCAAGAGAGCACAGAGAUAGUUCAUAAAUCAAUUGUGCCCGUGCCUGUGGCUUCUUCACCCUUGGUUCAGCCUGGAGAAACUACCUUGGCUGAGAAAGAUGAGCUUUCGACCUUCAAAGCUGGUCUUCGGAAAGUGAAGAUUUUGACUGAGUUUGUGUCUGUUAGGAAGGCAAAGAAAGCCUGCCAUGAAGAGGAGGGGAGUGAGGGCAAUUUCUCUGCCAGGAGUGAGGAUGGUGAAUACAAUUACCCUUUUGACUCUGAUUCACUUGAUGAUUUCGAAGAGGGUGAGUCCGAUGAGGUGAAGGAGGAUUCUAGUGUGAGGAAGUCGUUUAGCUAUGGAAAACUGGCCUAUGCAAAUGCUGGAGGUGCGUUUUAUUCCAGCAUGAGGGUGAAUGGUGAGGACGAAGACUGGGUUUACUACAGCAAUCACAGAUCAGAUGUUGGGAUUUCGCGUAAAGACGAUUCAUCCGUGUCAGCGACCGAGCCUUCUGUGUUGCAGAGCUCGAGGCGUAGUAUACUACCUUGGAGGAAGAGGAAGUUGAGUUUCAGAUCUCCUAAAUCUAAAGGGGAGCCAUUGUUAAAGAAGGCUUAUGGCGAGGAAGGUGGUGAUGACAUUGAUUUUGAUCGAAGACAGCUUAGCUCUGAUGAAUCCCUUUCACUCGGGAAGACUGAGGAUGAUUCAGGCGCCAACCGAUCAUCAGUAUCUGAAUUUGGGGAUGACAAUUUUGCUGUUGGGAGUUGGGAGCAGAAAGAAGUUUUGAGCCGUGAUGGCCACAUGAAACUUCAGACACAGGUCUUCUUUGCCUCAAUCGAUCAGCGUAGUGAACGUGCAGCAGGUGAGAGUGCAUGUACUGCUCUUGUUGCAGUAAUAGCUGAUUGGUUCCAAAACAAUCAUGAUCUUAUGCCGAUAAAGUCCCAAUUUGAUAGUCUUAUUCGUGAUGGCUCCUUGGAAUGGAGGAACUUAUGUGAAAACCAAACCUAUAGGGAGCGAUUCCCUGACAAACAUUUUGAUCUUGAAACAGUCAUUCAAGCCAAAAUUCGUCCCCUUUCUGUGGUUCCUGGCAAAUCCUUUAUUGGAUUUUUUCAUCCAGAAGGAAUGGAUGAAGGCAGAUUUGAUUUUCUGCAUGGGGCCAUGUCUUUUGAUAACAUCUGGGAUGAGAUUAGUCGUGCUGGACAGGAGUGCACUAGUAAUGACGAACCCCAGAUCUAUAUUAUUAGCUGGAACGACCAUUUCUUCAUCCUCAAAGUUGAAGCUGAUGCUUACUGCAUAAUUGAUACUUUGGGAGAGAGGCUUUAUGAAGGAUGCAAUCAGGCAUAUAUUUUGAAAUUCGACAGCAACACGAUAAUAUACAAAAUGCAAGAUGUUGCUCAAGGGUCAGGAGAAAAGUCAUCUAAUGACCUGCAAACUGUUGCAGAAGUAUUAGACCAAAAUGACAGGCAAAUCCAGCCAAUCAAUGGUAAAGAGGUGGAUUCUGUUGUGGAGACAGAAGAACAGUUGAAGAAUGACCAGGAAGAGGAGGUUGUGUGCAGAGGGAAGGAAGCAUGCAAAGAAUAUAUCAAAAGCUUCUUGGCAGCUAUCCCUAUUAGAGAAUUGCAAACAGAUGUCAAGAAAGGUUUAAUAUCAUCCACUCAAACACCAUUUCAUCAUAGACUACAAAUUGAGUUUCAUUACACUCAGUUGUUGCCAUCUUAUGUUGCACCUCCCGUGGCUGAAGCAUCCAUGACUAUGCCAGAAACUCUUGCUCUCGCAGUGGCUGAGGUUUCCGCAUGA